CUCACCGUCGCAACACCAACCUCUUCGGCGUCCCCUCCCUCCGCCUGCCCUCCGCUAACCCUCCAUCUCACACUUCCCCCCAACACUCUCGCUGCCAUUGCCUCUGUUGCGCGCCCGUUCGGUGCCCCGAGGUUGAAUCUCACGCCCCCGAACACCCGUCAACGCCCCUCCCUCACCAGCGGACGCGCCGACCACAACACCCCCCGUCGCCUCUUGCGCGCAUGCACCAUCCUCAACCUCUCUCAUUAUCCGCUAUAUAGUCGCGACCAUGUUCUUUCCUGAGCAUCUGCUCUCUAAAUCAGGCCCGCUGGCUCGCGUCUGGCUGGCGGCCAAUCUUGAGAAGAAACUAUCCAAGAACCAGGUCCUCCAGGAUAAGAUUGUCGAUGACAUUGGCGUUAUCAUCAGGCCAGAAGUUGCAGGAGGCCCCAUGGCCCUGCGCCUAAGCGGCCAGCUGCUUCUCGGCGUUGUGCGCAUCUACAGCAGGAAAGCGCGCUAUCUUCUUGACGAUUGCAAUGAAGCGCUUAUGAAAAUCAAGAUGGCCUUCCGCCCCGGGAACAUCGAUCUUCCCUCGACCCAGUCCCAUAUUGCGAACCCCGCUAGCCUAACCUUGGCUGAGACCAUUACGGAGACGGACUUGCUGCUGUUGCCGAUGCAUGAUCAUUUGCUACCUCAUCCGCUCGACAUGAACAACAGUGGUUUAGAUGCGGACGACCUAACCCUAGACAGCCAACAAUAUUUGUCAGGGAGUAUCGAGAAGGCGCGUGCCGAGCCUAUGGUGUUAGACGAAGCAGAUGACCUUGGUCUCGACCUUGGUGAUGACCUAGAUCUACCAAUGAACGCUUUCGACGAAGGUACCAGCGUCGAGGUUGGCCGCAAUGCUCGUCUUGACCGACGGGCUUCUGAAGAAUUUCCUUCGAGCCCCAAAAUUUUCGAGGAUGAGGGUGAUCUCGGCCUGGAUCUUGGCGAGGAAGACGAAACCGCGAUCCCCAUCGUAGGGGACAUGAACAUGGACAUCGACAUGGGCGGCAUGACUGACUUGGGAGAUGUAGAGGAGACUGUGGCCAACGGCGAAGAUGCACUUGAACGCCGUGAGCGGGAUUCAAUCUCGCCUCUCUCUUCGAUUCGAUCCAGUGUUGAGCGAGAUCUCGAGCAGACUUUCCAGCAAGACCAGAAUACCGCCGCAUUUGAGCCAGAAGAGGAAGAGGAAGAAUCUGUUCACCAGGCCCACAAAGCCAAGCGCCGCAAAGUCCUUCAUGCUGAUGCCGACACCGAGAUUCACUCUACCCAGAUUCGGGAGCAGCAGAAUGAUCGAUCUCGUAUCUUAAAGCCAGCCUCUUUCCUCCCACGCGACCCUAUGCUACUUGCUCUCAUGAAUAUGCAGAGGUCAGGAGGCUUUGUUUCUAGUAUACUAGGUGAUGGCCGAAGCCGAGGCUGGGCACCAGAACUGAGAGGCAUACUUUCCUUGGAAGUCGUAUCACGAGCAGGCCAAAAAAGGAAGCGUGACAGCGGUGUCGCUGAUUUCGAUCCUGACGAUGAAGACGCCGCUACAGGUGCGGAGAAGACGCCCCAGUUGGAAAUUGAUCAGGCAGAACCAGAACUGGAUGAUAUUGCUGUUGACCUGGGUGGAGAUGUCACUCUUGGACAGGGUGACGAUAUGUUCCAGUUCCCUAGUGAUGCAGACGUUAAUCCGCUGGACGAAGAGCCUUUGGAAGAGGAAGAAGCAUUUUCACCUGUCCCGGACAACUUCGACGAUACGACUGCCCCUCUUCUUCACCCCGCAGAGAGCGGGCCCAUCUCACUUGGAACAAAGCAUGCUGUCCACCUUCUACGUGAGCGAUUCGGCCACGACGCAGAGACGAGCGAGUCCGAACGACAAAAAACAAGUGUUUUGUUCCAAGACAUGCUCCCAGAGGCUACGACGACAAGGUCAGACGCUACCAAGAUGUUUUUUGAGGUGUUGGUCCUUGCUACUAAGGAUGCCAUCAAAGUAGAACAGCCCGUUAAUGAGCUCAGUGGGCCGUUGCGGAUCCGUAGCAAGCGAGGGCUGUGGGGUUCGUGGGCAGAGACCUCAGCUAGCGGGGAGUUAGCUUCUCAGUCUGCACAACCAGCAUCUGAGGCGGCUACCGUUGAAUUAUAAAGAGUGGUUCGGUUUUGUAGGACUUUUCUUUCACCUGCUUUAGCAGCGUUGAACUUAUUUGGAUCUGGCGGCGUUGGCUGGAUACCCUUUAUGUUUGGCAUGGACUCGGGGAAGACGUCUUUUUAGGUGUAUGGCGCAACGCGGCCAAUGUGUAUUACUACUUUGGG